AAUUUAUCGACAUGCCUCUAAAAUAUGUACCUGAAUAUUUUUAUUUCAGUUCUUCCUAUGCUCCAUUCGUCAUCCGUUUUGCCUCUACAUACAGACAAAUAAGUGCAAUAUUGGAUAUAAACAAUUCUGCACCAUCGUUUAGAUUAUUAUUGUAAAGUGAAGUCGCCAUCCAGUUACAAUUCGAUUGAUAUUAUAAUUUUUUAUUUAGGCCUAUACGCUGCGCCGCUUAAACUCUGCCCACUUACAGCGUCAAGCGUCGAAACGACGUAAGCGUCGUCGCGUUAUUGCGCGAAAAGCUCCGCAAAUACGGAGCUUUCGUACGGGAAAAGGAAGGGUAAGUAUCGCUCCCCACCUAAGCGACGUCCCGCUCAUUCGCUGUCUAGCGCGCGCGGCAAGCGCACGUCCCUGCUCCGCGUACUCAUUCCCGCACGCGAUCGCGAAAAACUUUUACAAGUGCUGUGACAUUACGCUGAAAAUGAACAUUUUGUGCCGUGAUUUUCAUUCAAACUAGUGCCGAACUAAUCGACCGUAAGAGUGUUCUGAAGAGGCUAAUUACGAGUCGCUAGACUAAUUGGCCGGGCCGGCGUUUCAUGAAGUGCGAGAGGCGAACGCCGCAACAGGCGAGCGGCAGUCCCGGGCUGGGCGUGCAGAUGCUCGCCAUGGAGGUCAGCAAGGAGGCGCGCGCGUCGCCGCUGCCCGCGCCCGCGCAAACGUCCACCAACGGCCAGACGCAACCGCCGCAGCCACAGAUAUGCGCUGGCUGCAGCAAGGUGAUCACGGAGCGCUACCUGCUGAAAGCUCUGGACCAGCUGUGGCACGAGGACUGCCUGAAGUGUGGCUGCUGCGACUGCCGCCUCGGGGAGGUCGGCCACACGCUCUACACUCGCGCCAACCUCAUACUCUGCAAGAGGGAUUAUUUGAGGCUUUUCGGGAACACAGGCUACUGCGCGGCGUGCAACAAAGUGAUUCCGGCAUUCGAGAUGGUGAUGCGGGCGCGAAGCAACGUCUAUCAUCUCGAGUGCUUUGCCUGUCAGCAGUGCAAUCACAGGUUCUGCGUCGGCGAUCGGUUCUAUUUAUGCGAGAAUAAGAUUCUCUGCGAGUAUGACUACGAGGAGCGCCUGGUGUUCGCCAACAUGGCAUACAACCCGCCGCCGCUGGCGCAUCUUAAGCGGCAGACCACGCACCUUCCACCACCACCGCAGACAAGCAACGCAAUGGGGCUGAUGAACGGUUCGUCCCGCUCCGGGGACCUCAACAAUAAUAUGUCAGGAUCCUCUCCUGCCCCUUUUUCGGCGCCUCCGCACCUCAAGCCCCUCGGCCUGUCGGCGCCAAGCUGAGAUUAUCGCGCGUGAGACGCGGCCCACCCGUACGCUAAGUACCAAAACUAAGUGACUUUUGCGGGCAAGUUCGGACUACCACGUAGUAACAAUGAGACUAUUACAGAUCGUUUUUAUACGCAACCAGAAAUAUUGCACGUGGAUAUUAAAACUCACGUCUAAAAUUUUAAGAAGUGCGAAGGACAUAUAUGAACUGAUGUAGAACUUAAAAUCGAUGUUACAUUUUUCGUUAAAUAUAUGCAAUGACUUGCAUUGUAGAUAGAAAAUUCUGUCUUAAGGUAAAGUUGUACAACCCACCAUGCUGAUCUUAUUACUGAUUUGUACCUUCCAAUGCAUUUUCGAUGUAUAUAUUGUAAUUAAAAACAAAGUAUAUGCCAAAUUGUAGGUUAAAGCGUCACUGUUUCGUAACCUAGAAUCAUUAAAAUGGAUUUGUAAGUAUUUCAAGCUAUUCUGAACAUGAAAGUAGUUUUAUUUGUUUGUAAAUCUAGCAGUCUAUAGUAACUAGUUGCUGUUGCCUUCAAUUCGAUUUGAAGAUUUGUAAGUUAUCUCAACAUGGGUGUAGUUUUGUUACUCUAAAUAGGGAUAAUAGGUAAUAUCGAAUUAUAUUUUUAUUUUGAUUAAUUUGAUCUCAUACAUGCACUUUUGCUAAAUUAGUGUAGUUUUGAGCUAUUUAUUACUUCGAAAAUAUCUAUUCUUUUCGUUUUUUCUCUAAUAUUCAACUCAAUAUCAUUUUGAUCACCAUUUGACCGUGUAAAUAUUCCUCUUGUAAGCGAACGUUGAAACAACCCAAGGUCAAUGAGGGUAAUACCGGCAUUUACAAUUUAUUCCUGGGAAGACCGUCAGAGGGCAAGAACUCUCGUAUUUGUAUACGAACGUCGCUCAGACAGUCGAAAAGGAAGAGCUUCGCUCCUGCUCUACUGACGUUUCCCUUAUAGAUGGUCUUCUUCAAAUUGAUCUAACUUACCCAUUCUUGCAUCGAUAAAGCUGGCGUAGUACACACGGCUAGUUAGUAUUUUUAUUUUUACCUACUUGCGAUAAUACAAAUAAAGAUAACAUGCGUAUAUUUUUGUGAAUAUAGAACCAGCUGUCGAUCACCUUAACCGUUCCGUAUCAUCCUUAGAUUAAUAUGUACUCUAACGUCGAUAUUUUAAAAUGUUGUGAACUAAAUAUAACUAAGUAUAGUUAUUGUGUCCAAUUAUAUGUACAUAUUCUACAUAAUUUCUUUGUUAACGUGUAAGUACCGGUAAAUGUGCCUACUUUGUUCCCCACUGGGUAUUUGUGCUCCAACAGUUUUCACGUAUGAAAACCAUAUCACAACCUCUUUAAGUGUUGCAACGUGAUAGUAGUGAUGGUCUACUUGAAAUUGGCAUAUAUAUCAACAUACUUACUACUUAGAAUAUAACUAUUUUAAAAUUUAAAUAAAAUUUUGUAUUUUGGAGUGAAGUAGGCACAUUUUACGGUACCUUUAGUGCCAUAUAAGAAAAAGAGUCCCAAAUUAAACAAUUAUGUAAGCGAUCAAAAUAAUUAAGUUUGUCUUUUAAAAAUACGAAUGUUUGUUUAAUUGAACUAAGACAGUUUAGUAACUAAAUUUAAUAUUCAUAAAUAGAUCGAGGAAUCUCAUGGCUAAGCCGAAAAUUUUAGUUUUUUUUUAAUUGCUUUGUUAUUUCGUUUUGUACCUAUAUUGUAUAUUAAAUGUUAAGUUUACUAUCUCUACUAUGAACAUUGUUAAAAUGUUUGUAUUAUUUAUGUACAUAAAGUAUUAUUGUAAGUAGACUAUUGUACUAUUGAUUAAAGCGAUAAUUAUUCAUCAAUUAAGUAAAUAGAAAAAUGUCAAAUAUGUGUUAAAUUAAAUAAUAUGUGUAGGUCAAACAAAAAUAGUUUCGUUAGUAGGUAAUAGAGCAAGAUCCCAGAGCCGCCAGACCUUACUCAUUUUAUGAUGAAUAAAAUGUAUGGGAUAAUGUAGUGUUAGUACGAGUAUGUACUUUUAAUGACUGCAUACUUGCUAUAUUUAUUGGCCCGAUGGCCAUUUGUCCGAUACAAGGUGCUAAAGGUAGGUAAAAAAAUACUAACUUUUCUUAAAUUCUCAUAGCUGAUUUUUAUGUAUGUAUUAGAAAAUAUUAUUAAAAAUUGAUAAUCAACAUUGCCAGACCAUUUCCGCAGGCAGUAACUUUUAGCAGACGCUUUAAAGCUGCCAAAAAAUAUUGUAACUUUACUUAUUUUCUCACUCUUGAUUUUUAGACCCACAUAAAGUUUCCCUAUGAGUACGAGUGCAAUCGUGAUUAUGAGAUAGUUAGCCGAAACUACAAAAGCUAGAAAGUUGAAUUUUGCACAUCAUGUUUCGUUUAUAAUAUAUACGAGACAUAAGAAUUUUUCAAAAUAGAAAAAUUCGACCCCUAAGGGGGCUAAAAAGGGGAUGGCAGUUUGUAUGUGGUACGAGUUUAAUUUUAAGCUAGAAACAUGAAACUUCAUAAAAAGGUAUAGGUAUUAUAAUAGAAGAGUAAAUUCAGUUUUUGAAAAUUCAUCACCUAAGGUGGUAAAAAGGGGUCGAAAGUUUGUAUCAUGAUCGAACGUAUGUGUGGGGAGGGACUUGAAACUUUGUACAGUCACGUCUGAAAACAUCGACACGAUCGAAGUGCCAAAAAUAUGUAGACACGACUUUAUGGCCCGUAUAUAUAAGUUCAACUUUCUAGCUUUUUUAGUUUCGGCUAACAAAAUAUCGAUACCGACAAAGUGACAAAAAUAUGUAUACACUACCCUCAUAUAUGGGCCAUAAAGUCGUGUAUACAUGUUUUUGGCACUUCGAUCGUGUCGAUGUUUUCAGACGUGACUGUACAAAGUUACAAGUUCCUCACCCACACAUACGUUCGAUCAUGAUACAAACUUUCGACCCCUUUUUACCACCUUAGGUGAUGAAUUUUCAAAAACUGAAUUUACUCUUCUAUUAUAAUACCUAUACCUUUUUAUGAAGUUUCAAGUUUCUAGAGAAACUUGUACCACAUACAAACUGCCAUCCCCUUUUUAGCCCCCUUAGGGGUCGAAUUUUUCUAUUUUGAAAAAUUCUUAUGUCUCGUAUAUAUUAUAAACGAAACAUGAUGUGCAAAAUUCAACUUUCUAGCUUUUGUAGUUUCGGCUAACUAUCUCAUAAUCACGAUUGUACUCAUACUCAUAGUGAAACUUUAUGAGGGUCUGGGGGAUGAUUAGGCCCCUCCAAUUGCUCUGGCUGCUUACAAAACGUUUUGUAAUAGUUCCCUCUAAGUAUCAUAUAUAAAAAUUAAGAGUGAGAAAAUAAGUAAAGUUUACAAUAUUUUUUGGCAGCUUUAAAGCGUCUGGAUAAAGUUACCGCCGGCGGAAAUGGUUUGGCAAUGUCGAUUAUCAAUUUUUAAUAAUAUUUUCCAAUACAUACAUAAAAAUCAGCCAUGAGAAUUCAAGAAAAGUUAGUUUUUUUUACCUACCUUUAGCACCGGAAAAAUGGCCGUCGGGCCAAUAUAGCAAGUAUGCAGACAUUAAAAGUACAUGCUAACACUGCAUUAUCCCAUACAUUUUAUUCAUGAGAAAAUAAGUAAGGUCUGGCGGCUCUGGGAUCUUGGACAAUAAUAUGUUUAGGGAUAAACCGUAAAUAUUCACAUUGAUUAUUGUUGAUCUGUUUUUGUGGCCAUCAGUUAUGACACAAAAAUGGAGUAGAUCCUCAGUCGGUGUACCCAUACCUGUCUACCGCAGUGUGUAAGUUGUCGUUGUGUGUAGGUAUCUGAUAUACCUACUCUUCGAACUCCGGUAGCCGUUUAAGAUGUGUAAUGCUCUUACGAUAUAUGUCGCUUGGCGCCUCCUAAUAUGUGUGAUAUGGUGGAAACAUUCGCUGUCAUAGAGUGAAGUCUCGGUAGUUCAGUUGGAUGAGCGAUGGCCUAGUGAUCCAGAGUCACGAGUUCAAGUCUCGUUCUAGACAGGGAUUUUUUCCACUUUUCAUUCAUUUCUAAGCUUUAUAUACUCUUAUUCAGGAAAUGUGAAUAAUGCAAAUAAGCGCGGUGCGCCCUAAGUCCAAUUUUUAUUAUUUCUGCAUUUAUUGUAGUAAGUUUCAUGCAUUCCUACUUGAGAUGUUGCACUGGAGAAAUGGUGUCGUGUACACAUUUUGUUCAAUAUCAAGUGUCUCAGGUUUAUGUAACCAAUGAUACGACCAAAGAUGUAGCUCAUUAAAAACUUGUUCAAAUUCGC